CGGCGGCUGCGAGGGCAGCAGCUGGAGGCCCUGACUCGCGUGGCUCUGAUGGAGCAACGGGUGAAGGAGUUACAGCGCCAGAAGAAGGAACUGAGGAUCCAGAUGGAAGUGGAGGUGGCCCUGCUCCGGGGUGAACUGGCCGGGGAACGGGUCGCCGCUCGGCGGGAGGAAGAGCAGCUGAAGGAGCUGCUGGGCCAGCAGGUGGAAUCGCUUCCGAGCAGCCAGGAGCUUCGGGAACAGGAGCUGAGGCAGCUGAGCCAGGAGCGGGAUCACGUGCAGAGUCUUCGCCAGAGACUGAGUGAGGCCCAAGGGCAGCUUGACCUGCAGCCUGAGGACCAGAGAGAGCGGCUCUUGCAGGGGGUGCAGGAGAUCAGAGAGCAGCUGGAUGCUGCCCAGCGUGCCUACGAGGACCUGGAGUUCCAGCAGCUGGAGCGGGAGAGCCGCGCGGACGAGGAGCAGCGGGACAGCCCUGAAGUCCCAGCUCCAGACUCCAAGGUCCGGGAACUUCAGGCCAGCGUGGCCCAGCACAGGCGCCGUAUCCAGGUCUUGGAGGAACAGCUCAAGUCGCUGGGGGAGCAGAUGGCGGCUGAGAGCUGGGGGCUCAGCAGGAAGAAGGAGGAGGCUGUUCAGGCCCUCACACAGGAACGGAGCCGGCUGUUUGAGCUCAAUUGUCUUCAGGGAACAUGUAGUGGGGACCUCUCUGAGCCCGACCAAGCGCUCACCAAGCUGCUGUUCACACAGAAGACAGACCGCCAGCUACUGGUUCUGCAGGACCCUACUGCGAAUGUGGCCUCCACCUCCUCGUGCCUCUUCUCCGUCCACAGUUCCCUGAAGGGGUCUAUCGGUCUCCAGAGAACAGGAAGCCUGCCCCGGAGGAGGGGAGACAGGGCCAGCCAGAGGGGAUCCCCCCGACCUUUGUCCCUCCAUUGUACAGGACCCUUGGAGGCCUCGGCUCUUGCGCAAGCAGUGGGGACUCCUGGGAGACACCCUUUCUACCAGCUGCUCAACUGUGGCCCUGGGAAUAGACAAUCGGCAAUUCACCCAGACAUCGUCCACAUGGAGCGGCUCCUGCAGAAGGCUGUGGCAGAGAGGGAAAGGCUGCUCAAGGCCAGGGAAGGGAUGAGAAGAAGCCCAGAAGGUUCCACGUGCCCUUCAGUUCCUGCCAUCAUGACAAGGAGGAGACCAAGCUCAAAGGUGUCAUCUACUUCCAGGCUAUUGAGGAAGUCUACCACGACCACUUACGCUGCGCCUUCAAGAGCCCCAGCCCCCGCCUGACCUUCUGCGUCAAGACCUACGAACGCCUUUUCUAUAUGGUGGCCCCCAGCCCGGAAGCCAUGCGUAUUUGGAUAGACGUCAUCGUGACCGCUGCGGACGAAAACCACGCCCCGUGAUCGGCCCCGCCCCUCGGGAAAGAACGUUCCGGCCUCCGGGGCCCCGCCCACUUCAGGAAGCUCUCAGGCCAGCCCCUUUUGGAAUUUUCCUGGGAAGUCUGCAGCGGCUCCAACUCAGCUGGUCUGAGCCCGCGGGCAUCUGGGCUGCAGGUGGCUUCCCGCGGUGGCAUCGCCAGGCCCUCGGGGCCCCUGCUUGGGGCAGGAGGAAGAUUACAGGGGGCGGAAGGAACUAUUUAUUGGUGCUCCUCUGAUACCCGAAUUAAACGUGGUGGAAAAACAGG